UGUGCCCUAAAAGCAAGCAGGCAAUCAAGCCCUACAUGGGCUGGGCGCUGCUCCUGGCCAAGAGGGCCGCCAUUGGAGCCAUGAUCGGCAUUGCAGUGUCGGAUGAGCUAGUGAGUUUGGCGCGCAUGCAGGGGAGCUCCAUGGAGCCAACGCUGGUAGCCGGCAAGUCUCUCAUGGAGGGCGAUGUGUUGCUCCUCGACAAGUUCCCGGGCCAUGAUUUUGGAUUCUCUCGAGGGGAUGUUGUGGUUCUCAGGUCUCCCCACGAGCCGCAGUACUGGAUGGUGAAGAGGCUGAUUGCCGUGGAAGGCGACAUGCUCAGGGUUCCAGGCAAGCGCGAGCUAGUUCAAGUGCCCAAGGGGCGCUGCUGGGUGGAAGGGGACAAUGCCAAUGUGAGCUUGGACUCGAGAAACAUGGGGCCGAUCCCAAUGGCACUGCUCAAAGCGAGGGUGACUCGUGUCGUGUGGCCGCUAGAGAGAUUUGGUAGAGUUGAAAGCAUCCUUCCCACCGGACGCAUCGUUGCUCACGGUGAACGCCCCAUAAGAUAGCCUAGCAGCCCGAGGAGAAGAGAAAAAGAAAACGAGACGAGAUGAGACGAGACAAGGCAGUCCAACACUAGGCAACAUCCACUUUGAAACUCGUCUCUUGGCUUGUCACGACAAUGCCUUCGAGGGU